GUUGGAGGCUCGGGGGGUUUGGAGUCGUAGCUCUCACUCCCAAAGUCGCCCUUUAAAGAGAAGCGGUUCCUGCAAGUCCGUCACCCGGCAAUUUCUGUCUCCAAACACCAGCAGACGAAGAGAACCUCCCCAGUCACCUUCCACCUACCACCUGCCACCUGUCACCUUCUGUCGCCAUAGACGCUAGUGCAUAUUAAGCCCUCAUUAUGGACCCUUCCAUUGUGAAGCUUCUUGAAGAAGAUGAGGAUGAAUCUCUGCAUUCAGGCGCGGAUGUGGAGGCAUUCCAGGCUGCCCUUAAUCGAGAUAUAGAAUGUGCUGUAUCCACUUCUGAGCCAUCUGAUAUGAAUGCUGGUGUAAACUUCAAUAAAGUUUUAUCUGAAGGAAGCAAUCAUAUUCCUAGUCAGUCAGUUGUGCAAUGGACUGGUAGCCAAGAUGACAAUAUCAACUCCCAAAGGCAACAGAGUGUAGGGAGUAUGCAACUGCAGGAGCAGCAUGUAUCUGAACUAGAAGAACUGAAAAGAAGAUCUCUUUAUGAGAAUCAACAGCAACAGAAUGAUUCACAAGAACGGAAGUGCAUCCCUUUACCGCAGAAUCAAUCCCAAGAUAAUUAUCAGCAGGGGCAAACAGUUCAAAUUUCUCCUCAGAUAACUCAAACAACCCACAAGUGUCCUGAAAAAAAUCCUGUCACUGUACGUGAACCGGAACGAGUGCAUAGUCAAGAUAGUAAAUCUCAAUACUUGAAAUUGCAGAAGAUCAGUAAUCAACAGGCCACUAACAUGGAGCCACCUAUUAACCCUAUGAAUCGCAAUAUUAAACAAGUACCUUUUGCAGCUUUGCUUCCAGCCAUAAUGCCUCAGCUUGAUAAAGACAGAGCGAUGCAGCUUCAUACUUUAUAUGCUAAAUUGAAGAAAAAUGAAAUUGCGAAGGAAGUAUUUGUCCGACAUAUGAAGGAUCUUGUUGCUUUGAAACCAAAAUCUCAUGAUUCCCAAAUGAGGCAGAUUACUCAUAGUCAAAGUGUGGGAUCCUCUCCAUUUGGAGGGGGAAGUCAACCCGUGAACGCGAGUGUUCCUAAGUUUGAGAGGCAAAACUCUAUAACUGAUCCAAAAAGAGUGCAUGGUGGUUCUCUUUCUCACUUUUCAAACAAUUCAGCGGUGCAACCGAAUUCAGUUUCCAGACAAGCCUCAACAAGCAAGGAGCAGAGUCCUGGCCCUCUGUCAUCACUGACAUAUGUUAAGCAAGAAUCAGUGGAUCAGGUCACUGAGCAGCAGCGGAACUCCCAUUUAGCUACACCACAGGGUUUGUCUGCUGCUCAGGUUGAAGGAGGGAAUACAAUUCCUGGGUCUUCAAGGGAUGAUCUCUCGGAGAAGCAGGCUUCCAGAAUUGGAUCCUCGGCAUCUGCUAGUAUCAUGCCCUCAAAUUCAGUUUCACCUUCCAUGACAACACAACUAGACUCUAGUGUUCUGUUGAAUUCUCGAAUCCCAUCUGCGACCUCUCCAGCUGGAGUUAAUGCAAGAACACCCCCUAAAAAGUCUUCAGUUGUUCAGAAGAAACCACUUGAAGCACUUGGCUCCUCACCACCACAAUUAAGUAAGAAACAGAAAGUUUCUGGGUCCUUUUCAGAUCAAAGCAUUGAUCAACUCAAUGACGUCACCGCUGUCAGUGGAGUCAAUCUUAGAGAAGAGGAAGAACAACUCUUUUCUGGGCCCAAAGAGGACAGUCGAGCAUCAGAAGCAUCUCGGAGAGUUGUGCAAGAGGAAGAAGAAAAACUUCUUUUGCAGAAAUCUCCACUGCAGAAAAAAUUGGCUGAGAUCUUGGCCAGGUGUGGUUUGAAGAAUAUAAGCAAUGAUGUGGAGCAAUGCUUAUCCUUGUGUGUGGAGGAAAGGAUGCGUGGACUAAUAUGUAAUAUUAUCAGAUUAUCAAAACAGAGGGUUGAUAUGGAGAAGGCUAGGCACCAGGUUUUUAUGACCUCAGAUGUACAGCAGCAAAUUAUCAUGAUUAACCAGAAAGCUCGAGAAGAGUGGGAGAAAAAGCAGGUUGAAGCAGAAAAGCUUCGCAAACUUAAUGAAGUGCCUGACGAUGACAUUGGAGUUGAUGGUGAGGAGAAAGAUGAAUGUCGAGCAAAAUCAGCAAAGGCAAACAAGGAGGAGGAUGACAAAAUGAGAACAACAGCAGCAAGUGCUGCACGAGCUGCUGUUGGGGGUGAUGACGCUGUCAAAUGGCAACUUAUGGCUGAAGCUCGCCAGAAACGUGAAGGAGUGGUAGAUACUUCAUCUUCUCAGGUAGGUAAGGAUGUGAGCCAGAAGCCUCUAUCAGCAUCUGGAAGAAAUGCAAAAGACAAUCAGGAAACAGAGAAAAGAGGCCACGGAACUUCUGUUUCUGCAUCUGGAGCUGUCAGAAAACUCGGCUGGAACCAAUCUGGCAUGUCUCAGACUAGAGUAGCUCGCACUGUUGCUGCUAAGGAUGUUAUUGCUGUUCUGGAAAGGGAACCACAGAUGUGUAAGUCUACACUGAUGUAUCGCUUGUGUGAGAAGAUUCGUUCCGAAGCUGUGUCCAAAUAAUCUGUUUGAUAUUGCAUUUUUUUGAGAGAAGCCUUACAUAUAUAUAGUUGCUUCCAUAGAAAAGAAAAAAAUAUUCUACUGCUCUUCUGUUUUUAAUAUCUGUAGAUUGCAAUUAUGGAUCUGAUUGUAACCAAGAAUUGUCACGGGGCAAGAAAAUCAGGGAACGUUUAGUUUAUAAAAAUACUUUUUAGUCUUA